GACACUUCCGGGUAGGGCGCGCGGGGGACCGGCUGGGCAGGGCGGUCGGCUCGCGGCCACCAUGGCGUACCACGGCCUCACGGUGCCGCUGAUCGUCAUGAGCGUGUUCUGGGGCUUCGUGGGCCUCCUGGUGCCCUGGUUCAUCCCCAAGGGCCCCAACCGCGGAGUCAUCAUCACCAUGUUGGUGACCUGUUCAGUUUGCUGCUAUCUCUUUUGGCUGAUUGCAAUUCUGGCCCAGCUCAACCCUCUCUUUGGACCACAGUUGAAGAAUGAAACCAUCUGGUAUCUGAGGUACCACUGGCCUUGAGGAGGGACACGGCUCCGCAGUGCCCAGUCUUCCAGGUGGUGAGGAGAAUGCCUCCUAGCUGCGGAUCGCCUCCACACCCAGAUCGCCUUCUUGGACUCGCCUCUCUGGGCGUCUGUGCCCCUUCUCAACACCCCUGAAGCCCUGCCCUGCAGUGCAGUAUUUUCUCCUUCACUUUUUUACACUCUGAUGAACGAAGUGCCUACCAACUGAGCUGGUUGCCUGUGCUCUUCUCCUGGGAAAGCUCCUCUCGCCUGGCAUCUGCAGAUGCGGAGAGCUCCUGCCUGCACACAGCACUGCGGCAGGAUGCGUGCGGCUCCUGCAGGGCCGUGAGGAGGAGAGCGUACUCAGAGGGGAGAGCUGUCCCAGCAGAUUGACACCAAGCUGUGCCUUCAGGAUGAGUUUCUUACUUCUGCCAUCUUUUGGAAUAAAUUAUUUUUCUGCUUUCUAUAGAA